CUACGUGCACAGAAACUUACUGGCUUCGUACCGGAUCGAUUAGCUUCUGUAUGCACUCAGCUUGCUGAAUACCAAACAGAAAUGGCUUAUAUACAAUCUCUCAAAGCUGGUGUCCGCUGGAGAGAACACGGAGAAAAAUCAGUGGGCUACAUCAAACGGACUCAUCAACAACGCCAAGCGCAACGUGCUAUCGUCGAACCACAACAUCCUGACACUGGUACGCUGGAGAACUCGCUUUAUCAUAUGCACGAAGCAGCAUGCACUUUCUACCGCAAUCUUUAUACUUCAGCAUCGAUUGAUGAUUCUGCCGUCGACGACCUCUAGGAUCAUAUUUGGCACCAUUCUAUGCUCGCUCCACACUUCUUCAACUCGCCACUACUGGUUUGCCCGCUUACAAUCUACCAUUGCUCAAGUGACCCAAGUUCCUUCAUAUCCCGUCUUGUCGCCUUCACGUUGGCGCCUCUUCUGGCGUUCCCGGAUUUCACCCGCUUCACGUACCAUCUGGUGGCGCCUAUUGCACAAUAUGAGAUGAAGAUGAAGAGCAAGCUCUUACCACACUAUCUAGAUCCCUACUUAUUUGAGCACUCAGAAAAUUUUGCUAUGCGCGAGAGUAAAUACGUUCCAUCAUACUCUCAUAUUACUGCUCGGAAUGAUCACACUUCCACAAUUCAGUAAAACCUGGCGGUAUUACUGCAGGCAAUAGUAGCGACGUUCAGCAUUUACACUUGUACCAGUAAAGCCGAAUAGUUCUAAAUAACAGUGAUGAUAGUAUUAGCAGUUUACAAAUCAUACACUUGACUGCGUACACGAAAUCUUCAUGUACUUUGAUAUAAUAAUACAUAAAAUAAUUCAAUGUUGCAGCAGCAGUUCACAUUAUAGUUUUGCUACAAAAUCGCAUCGUGUCAUACGGAUGUACUGAUACAAAACCCUUAUGUCCACCCCAUUUUAUCAAAGACUCCUUUG